GACCCCGCUGUGCAGGAAUCAUGGAGCCCGGCGGCAUGUGGCUCUCUCUGCUCCUCCUCAGCCAAGGCAUUCUUCAUAAUUGCUGUGAAGCAUACAACGUUGGGCUCCCAGAAGCAAAAUUGUUUUCUGGUCCUUCAAGUGAGCAGUUUGGAUAUGCAGUUCAACAGUUUAUAAAUCAUCAAGGCAAAUGGCUGCUUGUUGGCUCGCCAUGGAGUGGGUAUCCAGCUAACAGAAUGGGAGAUAUCUACACAUGUCCUGUUGACUCACUUGAAACCACAUGUAAAAAACUGAAUUUACAAACUUUAACACGCAUCCCAAAUGUUACUGAGAUAAAGGAACAGAUGAACCUUGGCUUGACACUAAUAAGAAACUCAAAAACUGGAGGAUUUUUGACUUGUGGUCCUUUGUGGGCCCAGCAGUGUGGAAGUCAGUACUAUGCAACGGGAGUCUGUUCUGAAAUCAGUCCAAGUUUCCAGAUCUUAAGAAGCUUUUCACCUGCUCUUCAAAACUGUUCCUCCUUCAUAGAUGUUGUUGUUGUGUGUGAUGAGUCAAACAGCAUUUAUCCGUGGACUGCAGUGAGUGCGUUUUUGACAAAAUUUGUCCAAGGCUUAGAUAUAGGCCCCACAAAAACUCAGGUGGGCUUAAUUCAAUAUGGUAAUGAUCCAAGGGUAGUGUUCAACUUGAAUACCUACAAAACAAAAGAUGAUGUUGUUAAAGCAACGUCACAGACCUUUCAAAAAGGAGGAGACUUGACUAAUACUUUCAAAGCAAUUGACUAUGCAAGACGUCAUGCUUUUUCCUCUGAAUCUGGUGGACGGCCCACAGCCACAAAAGUAAUGGUCGUUGUGACAGAUGGUGAAUCACAUGAUGGCUCAAGUUUGAAAGAAGUGAUAACUAAAUGCAAUGAGGACAAAAUAACCAGAUUUGGCAUAGCUGUUUUGGGAUACUUAAUCAGAAAUGAACUCGAUACUAAAAAUUUAAUUAAAGAAAUCAAAGGAAUUGCGAGUCUUCCGACAGAAAAGUAUUUUUUUAACGUGUCAUCUGAGGCUGCACUAUUGGAAGAAGCAGGAACACUGGGAGAACGCAUAUUUAGCAUAGAAGGUACCGAUCAAGGUGAUACAUUCCAAAUGGAAAUGUCACAAGUGGGCUUCAGUGCAUAUUACUCACAAAAAAAGGAUGUUCUGAUGCUAGGUGCUGUUGGGGCUUAUGAUUGGAGUGGGACUGUAGUCCAGGAGACCUCAAAUCAAGUGACUACAUUCCCUAAUCAAGCAUUUGAAAAAACUCUACAAGACAGAAACCAUAGCUCGUAUUUAGGUUAUUCUGUCGCUAUUAUCUCAACCCAGAACACUGUCUAUUUUGUUGCUGGUGCACCAAGAUCAAACUACACUGGCAGAGUAGUGGUUUAUGACAUUGACAGCCAUGGCAGAGUCACAGUUGUUCAGUCCCAAAGAGGGGAUCAGAUUGGCUCCUACUUUGGCAGUGUGGUGUGUGCAGUGGAUGUUAACAGAGAUUCAGUUACAGAUGUGCUGCUAGUAGCUGCACCAAUGUUCAUGAAUGAGCUAAAGAAAGAAGAGGGAAGAGUUUAUAUGUUUUCCAUCACAAAGGGAAUUUUGGAUCAACAAGAACUCUUAGAAGGUCCACAAGGGUUAGAAAAUGCUCGAUUUGGAUCUGCUAUGGCGUCCCUUUCAGAUAUUGAUUUGGAUGGUUUUAAUGAUGUGAUAAUAGGUGCACCUUUAGAAAAUCAGAACUCUGGAGCAGUUUACAUUUACAAUGGCAAUCUAAGGACUAUACGUACCAAAUAUUCACAGAAAAUUUUAGGAUCAAAUUCUGCUUUCGGACAACUACUCCAGUACUUUGGAAGAUCAGUAGAUGGCCAUAGAGACUUAAAUGGUGAUGGCAUUACUGAUGUAUCUGUUGGUGCCGAUGGAAAUGUGGUUCAACUCUGGUCACAAAGCAUUGCAAAUGUGUCCAUAAGAGCAUCAUUUGUACCUGAGAAAAUCAGUCUGCUGAAUAAGAACACUGAGAUAGCCGUCAAAAUAUGUUUCAGUGCCAAGUUUAGACCUGCUAAUAGAAAUAACCAAGUGGAUAUCAGAUACAAUGCAACACUGGAUGCUGAUCUCCAGUCAUCUAGAGUGACUUCUAGAGGAUUAUUCAAAGAAAACAAUGAGAGAUAUAUACAGAAAAAUAUUGUUGUAAGUUCUGCAGAGACCUGUGUUGAGCACAUCUUUAAUGUACAGGAGCCUUCCGAUGCUGUAAACUCCCUUAGUCUGCGCAUUGAUAUUAGCCUCAAGAAUCCUGGCUCCAGUCCUGUCCUCGAUAUAUAUUCACCUGCCACUGUGGCCUACAGUAUCCCUUUUGUUAAGGACUGUGGUGAGGACGAAGUCUGCAUUUCUGAUCUUGUUCUUGAGGUUCAACAGAAAACCGAUGAUGGCAAACGGCCCUUUAUUGUCAGCAGCAAGAACAGAAGGCUAACAUUCAGUGUGAAGCUGAGAAAUAAAAAAGAAAAUGCCUACAACACCAGAAUCCAGGCUACAUUUUCAGAAAACUUGUUUUUUGCUUCAUCUUCUUUACCAGCUGAUGGGACUGAAAUCUCGUGUCAGAUGGGCACUGGCCAUAAAUCAGUCAUUUGCCAAGUCAGCUAUCCUGUUUUUAAAGUGGGACAACAGGUAUAUUUCGAUAUUAAUUUUGACUUUAAUCUCAAAAAUCUUCAGGAUAUGGCAAAAAUAAGUUUUCAUGCUUUGAGUGAAAGUAAUGAAGAGCAAGACGCAGACAACCAGGUCUACCUGUCAAUUCCUCUGCGGUAUGAUGCAGAAAUUCACUUAACAAGGCUUACCAACAUAAAUUUCUAUGAAGUAUAUUCUGAUCGUAAUAUUCCUUCCACUGUGAAUAAUUUUGAAGAGAUUGGUCCUGCGUUCAAUUUUUCAGUGAAGGUUACAACGGGAAGCAUUCCAGUAAAGGUGGCUUCUGUAAAAAUCCAUUUUCCACAGUUGACUAAAGGAAACAAUCCUCUGAUGUAUCUAACGGCACUGGAUACAGAUCAGGCUGGAGGUGUCAGUUGUGAUGCAAAGAUUAAUCCUUUGCAAAUAGGAAAAACAUCUUAUUCUGCAUCUUUCAAGAAAGAAAACUUCAGAGCUGCAAAAGAACUAAACUGUAAGAAUACACAUUGUAAUACAAUUACAUGCAGUCUGAAAGACCUCACACUGAAAGGAGAGUAUUUUGUAAAUGUGUCUACCAGAAUCUGGAAUGGAACGUUUGCAGCUUCAACUUUCCAGAUGUUACAGUUGACAGCAGAUGCAGAAAUUGAUACACAUAACCCAGAAUUAUUUGUAAUUGGAGAGAAUACCCUAACUAUCCCAGUGACAAUAAUGAAGCCUGAGGAGAAAGCGGAGGUGCCCAUCGGAGUUGUGAUAGGAAGUAUACUGGCAGGACUACUAUUGCUGUUAGCGUUGGUUGCUGUUUUAUGGAAGCUUGGCUUCUUCAAGAGAAAAUAUGAAAAAAUGACAAAGGAUGUAGAAGAUAUUGACGAAAUUACAGAACUCACAAAGGACAAAGAUUGAAAACAACAGUGAUGGGAAUACAGAACUAAUCCUCUGAGCCACAAACAAUGGCUGUGGUCCAAUUAGAUCUUCAGCUGGAGUGCCUUAAAGUUCAAUAACUGUUAAACUUGGUUUUUAAGUAAUGAAAAUAUUUUACAGAUUCUUCUGUAUUGUAAGAGUAACUGCAGGUCAGUUUUUUUUCCACAAAUGAUUUAUAGUAUAUUUUCUUGUAUAUUUUUUUCCUUGCAAACAAAUUAGCCCUUGAAUCAGGCAGGUCUGGAGUAUGCACCUUGUGGCAGAAAUCCCACUUCUGUUCCACAAAGAGCAAAAUAGAACAACUUUUUUCAGAUUUUGGAACGAUAUCAGUCCAGGUUAAUAGGCUCUUGGUAAAAAUGAUUUUUUUCUACUAACUAAAUUAUCUAGAUGAAAUCAUUGCAUGAUGAAUAUUGAUUCAGGACAUGGAAAAGAAAAGCUCAGUUUGCGGUUUAUUAGCUACAUUUUGAUUGUCUUGGAGAACUGACUCACAUUUCCCAUCAAAUCUGAGUCUUAACUAAUCCAUAACGUUACAGGUUGUAUAUAUUAUAAAAUGGGCAAUGCGUCCUGAUUUGGGAAUGAAGACUCCAGACUAUGCCCUAAUAUAGGAUGUCUGGAUGGGUUCACCAUACCAAGUACAUCACCAUAUUCCUUUCACUAAGGUGACAACAAUUACUUUUUUACAGUGUGUGUCAAUUGUAAAGUACUUCUAAAUGAGACAUGCUCCUGCCUUAGUGCUGCCUUGCAUGUUUUGUCUCUUUUAAAGGCAGAAGAUCUGAAUUUGAAAACUCACUGUGACUUGCUGUCAUUACCAGGUGCUACUGUGGCAGUUUUCAAAUUCUCAACACUACUCCAAUCUAUUUAAAUUUUACUUCUCUGAACCCUUGUCUUGUGCUGUUCACCAUCUAAUAAGGGAGAAAUAACAGGCCUAUAUUUAUUAUUAUUAAAAAUCACUUACUAUACCUUUAAAUUUACAUGUCAUUUUUCUGUAACCCAAAGAGCAAAGCUGAACUGAAAACCUUUAUUCAUAAUCCUUACGGCAGUAACACCAGACUAUUGGCAUGAGUACGAAGAUGCAAGAUUUUGCCUUUGUUCAGUAGCUGACAAUAAGGCAGAAGUGAAAGUAAGUGUCUGGUGUAUUAUAGGGGCACAGGAAAAGCUAAGUAAUGUGCAGCUAGUGUGACAAAGAACAGUGGAAGAUCUGUUCUAUAUUGGUGCUUGUACCACUCUCAUUGUUGUAUUAAUUGAGUGCCUUUCAGUGGUGCAUUAAGCAGCAUGACUACUGUCACAUGCUGUUUGUUCUUAUAUAGCUAAAGAACUUUUAUAAGUAACUUAUGUUUUGUACAAUUUAAAAUACUGUAGUACUUUUGAAAGAAAAGUUUUAAGAGUUAAAAAGGAACGCUUAUUCAGGUGGCCUUAUGUUACGCUGUUUAAUUUACAUAACAAUUUUCUAUUUAAGUGACUUUAUGUUAUAUACCCUUUGCUUUAAAACAAAAUCUUUGAAUUUUAGGUUUGAAAAACUAAGAAUCUCCAUGUUAAAGAAAGAGCCCACACCAAUCUUGUGGGCUGAGAUAAUUGAACUUUUGGUUGCCUCACUCUCGUGACAGGCAGUUAACCUCACAACAAGCACAUCACCUGUUGUGAUAUGCUUUUCUUUACAUAUUUUGGAUUCGAAAUAAGGUUGUGUCUGAUAGAAGACAAUUAUCUGAAGGGUGUAAAAUUUUCAAAGGGACCUAAAUCCCAUUUUCAAAAGAGACUUAAGAGUCUAAGUCCUCUUGACAUUCAGUUAGACUUUAGGCAAAGAUUUUUAAAAGUACCACUCUUUUCUAUGAAUGUGACUGAGACUCCUACAUCACUUAGAACCUUUAUAAAUUUUUACCCUUAGUCUCCUAAGGGCCCAAGUCACUUUCAAAAAUUGGACUUAGGCUCCUAAAUCACUUACGCAAUUUUGAAAAUUUUUACCGAAAGUCUUCUUAGUUAGUAAACAGUAGCCAGCUAAGCCACUGACUUCCCUG